CAUCUCUUUCGGCGUAUUCAACAGUAAAUCUAUAUAACCAUCACUCCUCACACUUCAAGCUUAUUUUCCAAAAACGAUCAUACUUAAGAGUUUAUGUAGUGUAGUUUUCAAGAUCCUUAUGUGAUUUUUCUGACUGGAUUACCAUGAAGUCUCAACAGAUAUCUGUUGCUAUUAUAUGCAUGUUUAUAACAUGGCAACAAGUUGCUGCUGUAGUGAACAAUAAUCCGUUGAAAGUAGAAAAACAAAACGAAUCUUCUGCAGAAACGACCGACGCUAAUAAAUCAAGUUCUACAAUAGAAGUUGUAGAUUCCGUAGCAGAAGCUUCAGAAGAAAGUGGAAAUAGAAGAGAAGCUUCACUCGGUGAUAAAUAUGGAGUGCCAUUACCAGGAGGAGUUCCAGGGGACUCGUAUUUACCAGUAGAACCGAGUAACCCAAACCUUCCUAUACCUGUGUAUGGAGUUCCUGAUGGAUCUGCUAAUAAUGUCGUUUAUCCUGCGCCUCCUCCAGACAUUCCACCUACUAUAGCAUUGCCUUCUCUUGGUUUCGGUUUAUCACCUUUAGGAAACACUUACGGACCACCUAAAGUGAAUUUCUUGCCACCAAGUAACAGUUACGGUCCUCCAAAUAACAACUUUAUCCCACCUGGUCCUCCGAUUAGUACAUAUGGUCCACCAAGUGUAAGCCACGGACCAAUAAACAAUAAUUUUGGACCUCCUAUCAAUACAUUUGGACCUCCACGUCCUUCCUUUGGUCCGGGAAGACCAAAGCCUCAAUAUGGUCCUCCAAGGUUCCAAUACGGCCCACCAGGAAAACCAAUACCAUCAAACGUUAAAUUUGGAUUUAAACCUCCAUAUAAAAACUUUGGAGGCCCAAAAUAUCCCUCUAAGCCGUUUGGUACUUAUGGACCACCCGUAGGAUACUUUAAAGAUAAUUACAAUCCCAUUAAAUUUACUUCAAGUUAUAAUGGUAAUAAUAUUAUUUCUAAUGAAGGUUCAUUUGGCGGCGGUGGUGGUCUAAACAAUAAGUACGGAGUACCAAAAUUGGAAAUAGACUUAUCAGGAGUAAUUUCUAGUCAAUACGGAGUGCCGAAUGUUGGUCAUACCAAUCAUGGAGGUGUUAAUCUGAUUUCUACGCAAUAUGGUGUACCUGAUAAUGAUAUUUUGGGAGGUCCUAAACCUCAAUAUGGACCUCCUCAACCCUCUUCACAUCCACAACCUCCACAUCCUGGAGCUCCAGCUCCUCCAACACCCCCAGAUAUUAAAUAUGAUGGUUGGCAACCUAUACCAGGACUAAUUUCUAGAAAGCCUACUCCAGUAUAUGGAGCACCAGCUGGAGAUCAACACAUUGAGACUGACUUGUCCUACAAUAAGGAUCUUUCACCACCACCAAUUAAUACACAUAUCGAACAUCAGUCUAAUUCCCACGCAUCGGUAGCAAAUCUCGAAUUAGAAAGCUCAUACGGACCUCCACCCCAAAAAGCGCUUAGCGAUUCGUAUGGUGCUCCUUUAAAUACAGUAACAGGAUCAGGGGGUGUUGUAAGCGCAUCUGGUGAAGAAGCCCAUGGGCAUGGACAACAUGACCUAUCACAUCACGAUCAUCAAUCCAAUGUUAAUAUAGGCUUUUCAGCUCUUGGACUAAACGGUCAAAACGUCAACACUGUAAAGAGUAUAGGAUACGAAAUAUUCCCUAAUGGAGCAGCCACUAUCUUGGGAGGUCAACCCUCUGGCUCAUACAAACCACCAGUACAAUCUGGCAAUUCUUAUGCUUCAGGACAUUCUUAUAGUACGUCAUUUGGCUCCUCCCAGCAUUCUCAUGGUUCUUUCAGCUCCCAUAGAGGCAGUGGAUACAAAGGAUUAUCCUUUUCAUCUUCUGGAAUCGGCUUAAUUCCCCCCAGUGGUAUUUAUGGUGCUCCUAGUGGUUCUUAUGGAACUCCUCUAUUUUCAGGUCCAAAAUUAGGACCACCCAAACAUUCCAAUGCAGGUUUUCUGACUAACACCUUUGGAUCAAACGGCCACUCUGCAAUCUCAUACCAGAAUGUUAACCAUGGAACGUCUUCUGGCACCACGAGCUAUCAUGCACCAUUAAACAUAGUUGAUGGAUCUUAUAAUCAACAUCAAACAGGUCAAUUGCAAGGUGGCAAUUUAUACAGUUCAAGUCAAUCACAUGGUUCAAGCCAAUUCAGUGGUGGUAAUGAAAUAGUAUCUCUCGACUACAGUCAUCCAGGUAUUACUAUCGAUUUAACAAGUGGAGGACAAGGACAAACUAAUUAUAAUGGCCCUUAUGAUUGCAAGUCACAGUCCUUGCCAUCUUUAUCAUAUGGAGUGCCUUCUGCAAAUAGUUAUACCGCUGCGCUUUCAUCUUUGACCACAAAUAUUGGUACUGGACAUGGUAGUUCAUCUGUCACUACAACUUAUGGAGCUCCCGAAUCAUUACCUGUUCCCCAAGCGCAGAUAGGAAUUAAACCUGUAUAUGGAGUUCCAGAUUUAACAAUAUCUCAGAGUCAGAAAGUAAACACUGAAAUAAGAGCCAAUUCACUUGAACAUGAAUCUCAAGAUGCACAAGGAAAAACUUACGGUAAGAGCGUAGCAGCUAGCUUUGGACCAAACAGUGAAUUAAUUCAAUCAGAAAGUAUCGAUUUUAAUAACAUACCCUUACAAGGUAGUCUAGGUAGUUACACUCUACAAAUUCAGUCUUCUGACGGAAGUCAAGCUCAAGUACCACACGGACAAGUUCUUAACGAUGGUCUCUUACAGUCCAUUUUAGCUGCCAUUGAACAACCUAAAGGAUCCAAUGCUGGGCAACCCAUUAUUCAGCUGCAAAAAAGUUUGGAACAGCAACAAUUUGUUACUAACGAUACUAUCUCAUCGGUAGUCGAGCAGCUUACAGAUGAUGAAAUUAGACAGGGAACACAAUUGGCUAAAGAUGAAAUAGUGAAGACUUCUGAACUAGCAGAAGAAGGUAUACAUUACUCUGUACCCACCAAUGAAGAUACCGAACCAGAUACCGAAAUACAAUACUCGUCUCCUAAUCAGUACAUUAUUACUGCUACAGAUGACAACCAACUGAUUAGUGAACCUAAGCCGAUUGAAACUAAUGAAGUAUCAGACACAGAACCCGAAACACCAGUGUUUGAUAACAGCAGAAUAGCCCUCUAUUUCAGUAAUAACCAAAGACUAAAAAAAGAAACACAAGAAGCAAGUGUAGGUGAACUAAAGGAAGAAUCAAAAGAAAGUGAAACGGUUCAAAUUUAAAAUAUAGUUUUUAUUUUGGAUAAUUGCUCAAAAAUAUUGAUGUGUCAAUGUGACUGAAAAAAAUGGCGUAGUUGUUGAAAAAUAGUAUUGUACGAUCUUAAAAAGUAGUAAUUUAUUGUACGAAUAUUUAUUUAUUUUAAUUUAGAUUGUUUAAAUAAAGAUAUAUUUAACUUUUA